UAUACUCGCAUCAAGCCAAUUCCUGUAGCGCUACAACGCCAUCAUCAACCCUUAUAUCAGAUCAAGCAAGGUUUGGAUCUGAGAGCAAAACUCUUAGAACUAAGAGAAGAAGAAAGAUAAAAGAUAGGCAAAUAUAGCUAGCUAGAGUUCAUUUUCUCUUGACAUAAACAUGGGCAGACCACCUUGCUGUGACAAAAUUGGCAUUAAGAAAGGACCUUGGACCCCAGAGGAGGACAUCAUCUUGGUCUCUUACAUUCAAGAACACGGACCAGGGAACUGGAGAUCAGUUCCUACCAAUACCGGUUUGAUGAGAUGCAGUAAAAGCUGUAGACUUAGAUGGACUAACUAUCUUCGUCCCGGUAUCAAACGAGGUAACUUCACGGAUCAAGAGGAGAAGAUGAUCAUCCACCUCCAAGCCCUUUUGGGAAACAGAUGGGCUGCUAUAGCUUCAUACCUUCCUCAGAGGACAGACAAUGACAUAAAGAAUUUCUGGAACACCCAUUUGAAGAAGAAGCUAAACAAAGACCAAAGUGGGAGUGAAGAGGGUCAUGACCAUGAAGGACAUUCUCCUUCCUCUUCUUCUUCCCAACAGAUAAAGGGUCAGUGGGAGAGAAGGCUCCAAACAGAUAUCCACAUGGCCAAACAAGCCUUAUCUGAUGCUUUGUCCCUUAAUAAUGUUUCACCUGAAACCAAGCCCUCACCUUCUCAUGCAUCCACCACAUACGCAUCAAGCUAUGAAAACAUUGCUCGAUUGAUGGAAAACUGGGUGAAAACAACUCCAAGUUCAGUUGAGACAAACUCCUCAUCAGGUUAUUCAAUCAGCAACGUGGUCACCACUGGAUCUAGUUCUAGUGAAGGAGGGCAAUCCACCACGACGUGCGCGCAAGAUCAUGCUUUUGAUUACUUGUUGACCUUCAAAUUAUGUGAUGGCGGAUCUCGAUCUAGGUCAGUUGAAGAGAACAACAAGAAGGAGGGUAUCUUCCAAGAUCUGAAGACAGGUUUCGAGACACAAGUCCCUCUCACGCUGCUGGAGAAGUGGCUCUGUGAUGAAGGAGCUGCUCAAUGCCAUGAAGAUCUCAUAAACAUGUCACUGGAAGAAAGUUCCACAGGUUUGUUUUAGCGUGUGUUUGAAUUCAGAGUCGGAAUCACCUUCAAUGCUAAAGCUAUGUAAUAUUAGUAUUUAGUAUGUUUAGAUCUACUUCUCUUUCAUCACAAUCAAUUCUGAAGCUUACAAGCUACUCAAAGUUUCUUUCAUUAAUCGAUCUCAGCUUCAGGAUCAAUUGUAGAAGAGAUUCUAAGCAUGCACUGUAACUUUUCUUUUUAAAGUGAUUCCAGUAGGUUGUAAUGUGCAUCCAAACAGCGGAAAUUAAGGCCUUUUAGAAAUAUGGACGAGCUCUUGCAAAUGUAACUUAAUUAGCUUAAUUAGAAUUGUACAUUACAAGUACGUCUUUAUCCUUAAUUAUGUUAUGUACCAAUGUUUAAGAGUUCAAUGUACGUGUUGUUUCGCCA